AUGAAUUACUUAAAUUCAGUGCUGGGACAAGGAUAUUAUCUAAAAUAUUGUGGACUUAUAAAGCACCAAUAUUACCACAAACAUAUCACAAAACGUCUGUUUAAGACAUCGUGUAGCGUAUCUAAUCAUAAAACGCCGAUAGCAAAAUCCAAUGACUUUAGGAAUUCCUAUGAAUACAUUAUAAUUGGAGCUGGUUCAGCUGGAUGUGUUUUGGCCAAUCGUUUAAGUUUACCACAUCCUAAAACAAAAAAUUCUAGUAAAGUUCUGGUUCUAGAAGCUGGUCCUACAGAUGUUGGAAUUUCCAGAUGGACAAUUAAGAUGCCAGCUGCUCUUAUGUACAAUCUUUAUCACGAUAAAUACAAUUGGUAUUAUCACACUGUUCCUCAAAGACAUAUGAAUGACCGUACUAUGUACUGGCCCCGAGGUCGUGUUCUUGGUGGAAGUUCAUCUUUAAAUGCCAUGGUCUAUAUUCGAGGUCAUCCGUUAGAUUAUGAUAGGUGGGAAUUGGAGGGUGCUGAUGGUUGGAAUUAUGCAAACUGCUUGCCAUAUUUUCGCAAAGCUCAGACUCAUGAACUCAAUGGGAACCAAUAUAGAGGUUCUAAUGGUCCAUUAUAUGUAUCCAGAGCCAAAACUAAUCACCCAUUACAUUCAGCCUGGAUUGAGGCAGGCAAACAGGCUGGUUAUCCGUUUACUGAUGAUGUAAAUGGGUAUCAACAAGAGGGCAUGGGCUACUUUGAUAUGACUAUUAAAAACGGUGAAAGGUGUUCAGCUUCCACAGCUUAUUUACAUCCAGCUAUGAAGUCUAGUUCUAACUUAACUGUUGAAACAAAUGCACUAGUCACGCAAAUACUUUUUGAAAAUAAAAGGGCGGUCGGUGUAAAAUACAGCAAAAACGGCCAAGUUCAUGAGGCUAGAGCAGAAUCUGAAGUGAUCUUAUCAGGAGGAGCUAUAAACUCACCACACUUACUAAUGUUAUCGGGGAUUGGUAAUGUAGAUUAUUUACGCUCAAUUGGAAUAGAUGCUUGGCAUCAUUUACCAGGUGUCGGACAAAAUUUACAAGAUCAUUUAGAAUUAUACGUACAGCAGGCUUGUAAAAAGCCAAUAACGCUUUACAAAGCUCAGUGGAAAUAUCCACAUAUUAUGGUUGGGAUCGGUUUAAAAUGGAUAUUAUUCCGUCGGGGCUGGGCGGCGACAACUCAUUUAGAAAGUGGUGGUUUCGUAAGAACAGAAGCAAAUAUUUCUCACCCUAACAUUCAGUUUCAUUUUCUCCCAUCGACAAUACAUGAUCAUGGACGUAAAAUGGGUGGUCAGCAUGCAUUUCAGGUGCAUGUUGGACCAAUGAGGUCAAGAAGUCGUGGCCAAAUUUUAUUGUCUCCUGCAAGUCUAGGUUUUGCUCCAAAAAUAGACCCAAAUUAUUUAGCCUGUGAAACUGAUCGAGCUGAAAUGCGAGCAGCCAUUCGUUUGUCACGCGAAAUAUUUGCUCAGCCUGCAUUAGCGAAAGAAUUCGCAGGCAAAGAACUGGCUCCAGGUGAGGAUAAAGUAUCAAAUUCUCAACUGGAUGAAUUUGUACGUUCUUUUGGUGAUAGCGCAUAUCAUCCUUCUUGCACUUGCCGUAUGGGUAAAAAUCCUGAUGGUCGUAAAGCUGUAAGUGAUGAUGAGAUACACAAUGGUUAUUUGGGUAAUGGUAGAAUAGAGGCAGCAGUUACUCAAUCAAACUGUAAAGUGUGGGGCAUUGACAAUCUUCGUAUUGUUGAUGCAAGUAUAAUGCCAUCAAUUGUUUCAGGUAAUUUAAAUGCACCUGUCAUAAUGAUGGCUGAAAAAGCUGCAGAUAUUAUUGUCAGUUCUCGAGAUGGUGUUUCAGUUGUUUUGCCAGCUGAUUCAAAUCCCUCCUAUUGGAAACCAGAGCAUCCUGGUAAACAACGUGAUGGUGUUCCACUUGUAUCUCAUCAUUUGAUUUAA